AUGAAGAUGUUAACUAAGUUCGAGUCCAAGUCCACUAGAGUUAAGGGAAUUGCAUUCCAUCCUUCUAGACCAUUGGUCUUGGUCGCUCUAUUUUCAUCAACUAUUCAACUUUGGGAUUAUAGAAUGGGUACUUUAUUACAUAGGUUCGAAGGUCACGAUGGUCCAGUUCGUGGAAUUGACUUCCACCCAACUCAACCAAUAUUCGCCUCUACUGGUGACGACGCCACUAUUAGGAUUUGGUCUCUAGACACUAAUAAAUGUCUAUACACUUUCACAGGCCAUUUAGAUUAUGUUCGUACCGUUUUCUUCCAUCAUGAAUUACCAUGGCUUAUUUCUGCAUCUGAUGAUCAAACUAUUAGAAUUUGGAACUGGCAAAACAGAAAAGAAAUCGCCUGUUUAACAGGUCACAAUCAUUUCGUCAUGUGUGCCCAAUUCCAUCCCACUGAAGAUUUAGUCGUUUCUGCAUCGUUGGAUGAAACUGUUAGGGUCUGGGAUAUUUCUGGUUUAAGAAAGAAACAUUCCGCUCCGGGUGCAAUGUCCAUGGAAGACCAAAUGAUCGCUCAACAAAAUCUGCUGGAUGGUGGCUUUGGUGACUGUGUAGUUAAAUUUAUCUUAGAAGGACACACUAGGGGUGUUAACUGGGCAUCGUUUCACCCAACUUUACCAUUAAUCGUUUCUGGUGGUGAUGAUCGUCAAGUUAAAUUAUGGAGAAUGAGCUCUACAAAGGCCUGGGAAAUCGAUUCAUGUAGGGGCCAUACAAAUAAUGUCGAUUGUGUUAUUUUCCAUCCACAACAAAAUUUAAUCAUUUCUGCCGGCGAAGAUAAGACAUUAAGAGUAUGGGAUCUAGAUAAAAGGGUUCCUGUCAAACAAUUUAAGAGAGAAAAUGAUAGAUUUUGGCUAGUUGCAGCUCAUCCAACAAUUAAUUUAUUUGGUGCCGCACACGAUUCUGGUAUAAUGAUCUUCAAAUUAGAUCGUGAAAGACCUUGUAGUGUAAUUCAUCAAAAUCAACUCUUAUUUGUCAAUAAAGCUAAAGAAAUUCAGUCAUUUGACUACCAGAAGAAAGUUACAUCCUUACCAUUCGCAAAUUUAAAAAAGAUUGGACAAACUUGGAGUGCCUUCAGAAGUAUUUCUUACAAUCCAUCUCAACAUUCCAUCUUGGUUAAUGAAGGUAAUGACAAAUUCGCUUUAGUCAUUCUUCCAAAACAACCAGCAGGUGCUGUUGAUCCUUCAAGUGUCCUAGAAGACACUGGUUCCUUCGCUACUUUUGUCGCACGUAAUAGAUUCGUCGUUUACAAUAAGAGUACUGAAUCUAUAGAAGUACGCUCUUUGGAAAAUAAAGUAACAAAAUCUAUCAAGAUCGAAGAUCCAAUCAAAGAUAUCGUUUACGGAGGUCCGGGAUCCAUUUUAAUUCUACAAUCAAGAGAAGUUGUUUUAUUCGAUGUUCAACAAGGAAAAAAACUAGCUUCUGUGGCUGCUAAGAAUGUCAAAUAUGUUUCAUGGUCAAAUGACGGUCAAUACAUUGCAUUAAUGAGUAAACAUACAAUAACUAUUGUUACCAAGAGAUUAGAACUUGUCAACUCAAUGCAUGAGACCAUUAGAAUCAAGAGUGCCGCUUGGGAUGAAAGUGGUAUUUUGAUCUAUUCAACGCUUAACCACAUUAGAUAUUCUUUAUUAAAUGGGGACAGAGGUAUCAUCAAAACUUUGGAAAAUACUUUAUACAUCACAAAAGUUCAAGAUAAAUUUGUUUAUACAUUGAAUAGAGAAGGAGAAAUUGAAAUCAUCAAAAUCGAUCCAACUGAAUAUCGUUUCAAGAAAGCUUUGGUUAACAAAAACUUCCCAGAAGUUUUAAAGCUGAUUAGAAAUUCCAAUCUUGUCGGUCAAAAUAUCAUAUCUUAUUUACAAAAGAAAGGUUAUCCAGAAAUUGCUCUACAAUUCGUACAAGAUACACAAGUACGUUUCGAUUUAGCCUUGGAAUCAGGUAAUUUGAAGGUUGCUUUAGAAGAAGCCAACAAGUUAAAUAAGAGUUGCACUUGGGAAAAGUUGAAUAAGGAAGCCUUAGCUCAAGGUGAUAUUGAAUUAUCUGAAAUGAUAUAUCAAACUCAACAUUCCUUUGACAAACUUUCAUUUUUGUAUCUAUUGACUGGUGAUUCUUUGAAAUUAGGUAAGAUGGAAACUAUUGCUAAAAGUCGUAAUGAUCCAUCAAGUAUCCUAUUGAAUUCUUUUUACAAUGAUUCCAGAGAAGCAAGAGCUUCUAUGUUUGCUGAACUGGGUUCCCCAUAUCUAGCUUAUGCCAUUGCCAAGACUAAUGGCGACGAAGCUACCGCUGCAGCAUAUCUAGAACAAGCUGGGAUCGAUGAACAAGAUGUUGUACUACCAGAUAAUUUCAAGAAAGAUGCUCAAAUUGAAGAACCAAAGCUGACGCCCCCCUUCCAAAAAUGGCCUUUCAAGGAAGCUGAACCAACUUUCUUCGAAAAAGCCUUAUCAGGUCAAUUCGAAGAUUUAUACAUCGAUGAUAAGGAAACUAAAGGUAUCGAAACUAAAGAAUUCACCAACGAAGGUGAAGAAGAAAGUGGUUUCUUUGCUGAUGAAGAUUUACCUGUAGAAGAUGAUGAUGCUUGGGAUAUGGGCGAUGAAGAUUUAGAAAUCCCUGAAGAAAUUAAACAAAGUGAAGAAGGGGACAUAUCUAAUCUUGUUCAAACAGAGGAGGCUAAUGAAACUGCAACUUGGGUAAAGAAUUCUAAACUACCGGCAAUACUAGCUGCAUCAGGGGCUUUUGAAGCCGCUGCUCAAGCAUUAAAUAAACAAGCUGGUAUUGUAGAAUUUGAGCCACUAAGAAAAUACUUCUUGAACACAUACCAUGGUUGUAGAACAUGCAUGACCGCUACUCCAGCUGAACUUCCCGCGAUUGUAGGCUAUACACGUUCAAAUGCUGAUGCCAUUGAAUCAAGUGAAAGUUUCCCAAAGAUUGCAGGUAUAGAUAUCAUUUCGGAAAAGAUGAACGAGGGUUACAAAUUAUUCAAGGCCAAUAAAUUGGAAAGUGCUAUUGAAGUUUUCCGUGAAGUUAUUUACCGUACAGUGCUCUUGGCGGUGGAUAAUGACGAAGACGAAGAAACUGCACACAAGACUCUAAAAAAAGCCAGAGAAUAUAUUUUAGGGUUAUCUAUUGAGUUGGCCCGUCGUGCUCUUCCAGCGGACGACAUCAAACGUAAUUUGGAACUGGCUGCAUAUUUCACUAGAGCAAAACUUGCGUCUACCCACAGAAGUAAUGCUCUUCAGGUUGCUAUGUCACAAAAUUUCAAGCACAAGAAUUAUGUUCAAGCAUCUGUCUUCGCCGCUGAGUUCUUAAAGAUUGUUCCUUCUGGUCCACGUGCUGACCAAGCUCGUAAGAUAAAGGAUAGGGCCGACACGAUUGCACACGAUGCUCUCGCUUUAGAUUUCGAUGCAUAUGCACAAUUUGAAAUAUGUGCAUCUACUUUCACACCGAUUUACAAGGACACUCCAUCCACCAUCGACCCAUUGACUGGCGCCACCUAUCACGCCUCAGAAAAGGGCAAACUUGAUAAGAUCGCUUUGAUCUCCAAGAUCGGCGCUCCUGCCUCUGGUUUGAGAAUCCAGCUAUGA